ACGAAAAGAAUCACAGAAUUUUCAACCAAUACGAUAUUAUAAAGACUUUGGACACGCUCGCCAAACUGAGCCACUGGCAACGAUACUUUUCUUAGGACUUGGAGCCUUUGUGUUUUUUAUUUCCGGACUUCGAUACAUACAUGAUUUGAGCGAUAUAUACGAGGAGGGAGAAGACAGAGGCAAACCAGAAAAUGAAAGAUUAUACCGACUGGAUUAAAUUAGUUCAUAGUUUUUAAAGCUGACAUAUUUAAAUUAUUUGGAAGAGAAAAAAAAAACAAUAAAAAUCGUAGAAGCAAAUCAAGCAAUUGCAGUUUCUCAUAUUGAUUAGGCAAUAGUUUUCUCAUUGAAAUAUCUGUCAACGAGACGAAAAAGAGAGAAAAAGGAAGAAGAAGAAGAAGAAGUCAACUAGAUUUGACAGAUCAGCUGUUAUAUUUUUAUCCUCUACAUUUUGUGCACAACGUCAAAUCCACAAUUUAUGAGAAAACUGCUCUGAAAAUUGGGUUUUUGUGAUGGUUUAGUCCUAAAAAUUUGUUUUCAAUAGUUACCAUUUAGAGAUAAUAUUGUUUUUUUUUUGGUCACAAACAACAAUAACAAAAAAUUACCACAAAAAUGUCGUCUGUGAUUCGAUGUGGUCAGUUGGUUAGUGGUCAUUUGUCCACCAUCCAACGUCAGUCUGUGCAAUUAAAUAAAUGUAGCCGAAUUUUGAGUGUGGUACCGAUUUAUGGCCGUGAUUCAUCUGACAUCCGUCGCAACUAUUUCAAUCAACGAUGGGACAGACAAAACAAUCAACAGCACCAAUUUCCAUUCGGGUUAAACGUUUUUGAGCUCAUUUCAAUUGGGUGUGUUUCGGUCGCCAUAUACAAUUGGAAACGGUUCUACGAGUAUGUCACACCAGUUGUCAAUGCAGAUGCUGGAACAAAGCCAAAAGACUCGACCGUCAACGAAGAAGAUUCGUCCGAUGAUGAAAGUCUCAGUGACGAUCAACAAGUGAAGAAAAAGCAAAAACGAGAGAAAGUCGGAUUCCGUGAUCGAAAGAUCAUCGAAUAUGAGAAUCGUAUCCGUCAUUUUUCGACGCCUGAUAAAGUGUUUCGAUAUUUUGCCACGAUUCAAGUGCCACAUCCUCACGGCGAGUCGGAGGUGUUUAUGACACCUGUGGAUUUUCUAACCAGCAUGACACCGGGGAUGAAGCAACCAGAUGGCUUGGGACUUGACCAAUACCGUAAAUACGAUCCAAAGACCGUCACCCAACGACUUGAUUUGAGUUUGGACAAAGAUAGUAUCUUCUACAAAUUGGGCUCAUACGGAUUAAUUUCAUUCUCCGAUUACAUUUUCCUGUUGACCGUUUUAUCGACUUCGAGGCGCCAUUUCGAGAUUGCAUUUCGCCUAUUCGAUUUGAACGGGGACGGCGAUGUUGAUUGCGAAGAGUUCGAAAAGGUGGCCACAUUGGUGCAAAAACAAACGAGCAUUGGUAGUCGCCAUCGCGAUCAUGCAAACACGGGAAAUACAUUUAAGGGCGUCAAUUCAGCAUUAACCACAUAUUUCUUUGGCAAAAAAAUGGACAAAAAGUUGACAAUUGAGAAAUUCUUGGAUUUCCAACAGCAAAUUCAACGUGAAAUUUUGUCGCUGGAAUUUCGGCGUAAAAAUCCAACGGAUGAAGGCAAAAUUAGCGAAAGUGAUUUUGCCGAACUGUUGCUUGCCUAUGCGGGACUUUCGGAUAAGAAAAAAGCAAAGAAGAUGAAACGAGUGAAGAAGCGGUUCCGUGAUCAUGGCACCGGCAUUUCGUUGAAAGAUUAUUUGGAUUUCUUCCAUUUUUUGAAUAACAUUAAUGACGUUGACACAGCACUUACAUUUUAUCACAUUGCCGGUGCCUCAAUCGAUCAGGCUACACUUAAACAUGUAGCAAAGACUGUGGCACAUGUGGAGCUGUCCGACCAUGUUGUCGAUGUUGUGUUCACUAUUUUCGAUGAGAAUUUGGAUAAUCAAUUAAGUAACCGUGAAUUUGUGGCCGUGAUGAAGAAUCGCCUGCUGCGCGGAUUGGAAAAACCAAAAGACACUGGCUUCGUCAAACUCAUUCACUCGAUGUUGAAAUGCGCCAAAGACACGAAACCAGUAUUGCUGGACAUUUAAGCCGACCAACCGAUCACUCGCACAGCCUUCAUCGUUUAUCCUUAAGUCGAUGCUCGUGAUGAUAUGACACUAAUAUUGAACGUUCUUCACAAAGAAACAUUAAAAUAACGAAUUCGAAUUUUUUAAGCUUUUUUCUUUCACCACAUUAUAAAUAGUGGUUCUUUCAUCUACAAUUGACUCAUGUUUUUUCAUUUUGUUAUUAGAUUUGUAUCAUAUUUUUCUUCGGUCCAUAGCAAACGCAUAAAUAUAUUUACAUUUUCGACUUUAUGUCCAAUUAAAUGAAUUAAAUUGCAUUGAAUUCGCUUUGUCUCAAUGAUUUUGUUAAAUUUUAUGAAUAAAAUUUACGAACACAA